AUGUCGUGGGAUAGCUACUUCAAUGAAACAUCGCCUAAUCAAUACCGAUUUCUGGGCUUUUAUAAACACCGUCAAAAUCAACAAAAUUUUACAUUCUCUUUUUGUAAAGAGGCUGACAUAUACUUAGAAAGAAAACAUCGGUUCUAUAAUGAAGAUGUCAAUAACUUCUGGAACGAAAUUGAGUCAAUGUGUAACAAUAACGAAGAACAACGUCUAGAAUCAGAGAGAACUUUGCGAACGAAACGGUGCCAUGUUGAUAUAAGUAGUAAGACGCAACAUAUAAUGGAGAAUAUAGCUGAGGAGACCGUGGAAGUUACAAAAAAAAGAUCGAUCAGAAAAAGAAAAUCCAUACGUUAUCGUGAAAAUUCAGAGGAAGAAGAUCAUUCCUCAGAUCCAGAUUACAUUGAGAAACCCAAGAGAAAACAAGAACUAAGAAAACGAUCACGUAGAAAAGCGAGUGAUGGUAUGGAUAAAGAUGUCAUUGUUCCGCUUGUAGAAACUUCAGAGACACUGGAAGAUACUACUUCGCAUGAAAUUACUCCAGACACGUCCCAACAAUCCUCGACACCACCAGAAAUUUCAGAAUUCCUGACACCAGAAAUUUCAGAAGAUAUUUCUACUUCGCGAGAAAACACAUCAUGUCCAAUUAUUCAAUCAACCCAACGGACACCAUUAGAUACUAUUUCUACUUUGCGAGAUAUACCACGUUCAGUUAUCCAAUCGACUCAACAAGCCACAAUUUUUACACCACAAAAACCUAUCAUAACAAAAACUAUAUAUGAUAGAUAUUCACCAUACCUCAUUUGCGCAUUUAACACGACAAUAAAUUACAUAAAAGAAACUAUUGAAGAGGGAAUCUACACAGAAAUAAAAAAUCUAUUACAAGCAAAAGGCCGACUUAUUUUACAGGAAACUUUGAUUAAGAAGUUGGAUACGAUAUUCGAAACAAAAUAUACAGAGAUAGAAUCAAAAAUCAAUUUGGAAACAGUUAUCAAUGGUGACAUAUAUACAGAAGAAGCAAGGUUCAACUGCUUCAUAAGGGAUGCACUCAUAGAUUUUGUAGCUAACUUCAGAUAUAGAAUACCGAGAGUUUUAGACCGUGAAAUAUCUGAAAGAACAUAUAUUGUGGAAUUUCUUUCACCUAUCUUCCGUGCAUUCCGAAAUGCAUUCCUGGAUAUUAAAUAUGAUUGGAUCGAAAAAAAUGUUGCUUCAAUAAAAAAGGCAAACAAUAUGUUUGCAGAAGAUAUCAAUCCAUGA